CUCCUCCCCGAGUCGGGAGUAGCAUCCUCCUCCACGCCACCACCCCUCCCACUCCCACUCCCCCUUCCCGGGGCAGCUACGGCCGGAGGCGGCGGUGGCUGGAGGCGAGCCACCGGAGCCCUCCACCCCUCCCUCCACGGAACAUGGGCAGAUCUGGAAUGAAAGCAGCAUAAGAAUUCCAAGUCUUCACUAUGAAUUGACCUACAGUCACGCGGCGAGAGUCGAAUAGUGAGCCAUCCAGUCGGUAUUUGAUGUAGACGCCCAGGUCUAGAUCCAUCACAGCAUGUCGUAAUACUUGGGUGAAAAAUAGGUUGAAUAGUACUGGAGCGAGGACACAGCCUUGUUUCACGCCAUUGGAGAUGUUGAAGCGAUCAGAAGUCUCGACAUGAAAGAGCUGGAUCAGUUUUACGAAUUUUGCUGGGCAACCGAGCUUGCUGAGGAUCACCCACAAUGCAUCCCUAUUCACUGUGUCAAACGCCUUUGUCAGGUCUAUGAAGACAAUGUAGAGACUCAGGUUCUGCUCAAGGCACUUUUCCUGCAUUUGCCUCACCAUGAAGACCAUGUCGACGGUGCUGCGAUCUGGUCGGAAGCCACAUUGUGAUUCAGAUCACUGCUUUGGCCAAGUCUAAAGAGGCCCUUCAUGGUUUUCAUGGUUUCUGCUUCUGAGAAAAAUAAUGAAGUUUUUCAUCAUCCCUGCUAAUUAAAUGAACAAAUCUGGCUACUUGUAUUUGGACUUGAAUUAAGAGAAGGAAGGCAUUUAAAAAGAAGAAACAGUCUUGCUGGAGACCACACAAAGCUUGUACUUAAUCUCAUUGUCAUGGUGGGUGUGGGUUUUUCAUCACUUCUUGAAAGCUUUGGCAUGAACUAUUUCAAAGCUACUUCAGUGCAUUAACCCUGUUUUUCUCAAAAGGAGAUCUUUGUACUUUUCAGUGCCCUUAAAUAAUCUGAGAGAAUAAUAUCUGAGAUAUCUUCGACACUGGGAAUAAUUAUGGUGUUGGUAAGAUCGAAAAGUACAUAGAGGGCUGAUCUGGGAGUUAGGAAAACCUGAGUCCAAAUUCAUUCACAAGGCAUUGGGCCACUUCAGUGCUCUCAUCCUCAGUUUCCUCAUCUAUCAAAUGUUGUUAAUUUCAGUGAUUCAGAAACACAUUCUUAUGAAAAUAUCUUCCAUUGUGGCAACAUCUUACUAAGGAAAAGAGGAAUGUAAAAUCCAAGGACUUGAAACAAAGCUUUCUACUCACAACACCAGAAGGACUUCUGAAAGAAAUUGCCCUAGGACUCCCAACAGAUUCUAAUUUGUUCAAAGCAUCAUGUGUUGAAAUUAAAAAAAAAAAUUUUUUUAAGACAACCAACCUACCUUUGUGCUGUUAUCCAAGCCACCAUGUUUGUAGCUCAUUGAGCUCUAGACUCAGAGAGAGAGUCGAGAACCUGAAAAUGAGGCCAUGGACUGGCUCCUGGCGUUGGAUUAUGCUCAUUCUCUUUGCUUGGGGGACAUUGUUGUUUUAUAUAGGUGGACACUUGGUACGGGACAAUGAUCAUCCUGAUCACUCUAGCCGAGAACUUUCCAAGAUACUGGCAAAGCUUGAACGCUUAAAACAACAGAAUGAAGACUUGAGGCGGAUGGCAGAGUCUCUCAGGAUACCAGAAGGUCCCAUGGACCAGGGACCAGCUACAGGAAGGGUACGUGCUUUAGAAGAACAGCUUUUAAAAGCCAAAGAACAGAUAGAAAAUUACAAGAAGCAAACCAGAGAUGCAGGUCUAGGGAAGGAUCAUGAAAUACUGAGGAGGAGGAUUGAAAAUGGAGCUAAGGAGCUCUGGUUUUUUCUCCAGAGUGAAUUGAAGAAAUUGAAAAAUUUAGAAGGAAGUGACCUCCAAAGACAUGUGGAUGAAUUUCUAUUUGAUUUGGGUCAUCAGGAAAGGUCAAUAAUGACAGAUCUGUACUACCUCAGUCAAGCAGAUGGAGCUGGUGAUUGGCGAGAAAAAGAAGCCAAAGGCCUGACAGAAUUGGUCCAGAGGAGAAUAACCUAUCUUCAGAACCCCAAGGAUUGCAGAAAAGCCAAGAAACUGGUGUGUAAUAUCAACAAAGGCUGUGGCUAUGGCUGUCAACUCCACCAUGUUGUCUACUGCUUCAUGAUUGCAUAUGGCACUCAAAGAACUCUCAUUUUGGAAUCCCAUAACUGGCGUUAUGCUACUGGUGGAUGGGAGACUGUAUUUAGACCUGUAAGUGAGACAUGCACAGAUAGAGCAGGCAGCACUACUGGACACUGGUCAGGUGAGAUAAAUGACAAAAACAUUCAAGUGGUAGAGCUUCCCAUUGUUGACAGCCUUCAUCCACGGCCACCUUAUUUACCACUGGCUGUUCCAGAAGACCUUGCAGAUCGACUAGUGAGGAUCCAUGGAGAUCCUGCCGUAUGGUGGGUUUCCCAGUUUGUCAAAUACUUAAUCCGUCCACAGCCUUGGUUAGAAAAGGAAAUUGAAGAGGCCACCAAAAAGCUUGGUUUCAAGCAUCCAGUUAUCGGAGUUCAUGUUCGGCGUACAGACAAAGUGGGGACAGAAGCUGCAUUCCAUCCCAUUGAGGAAUACAUGGUACAUGUUGAAGAGCAUUUCCAGCUUCUUGAACGCAGAAUACAUGUGGACAAAAAAAGAGUUUAUCUGGCCACAGAUGAUCCUUCCUUAUUGAAGGAGGCAAAGUCCAAGUACCCAAAUUAUGAAUUUAUCAGUGAUAACUCCAUAUCCUGGUCAGCUGGACUACAUAAUCGAUACACAGAAAAUUCCCUACGAGGUGUAAUUUUGGACAUACACUUUCUGUCACAGGCAGAUUUCCUAGUCUGUACAUUUUCAUCCCAGGUCUGUCGGGUUGCUUAUGAAAUCAUGCAGACGCUACAUCCAGAUGCCUCUGCCUACUUCCAUUCUUUGGAUGACAUUUACUAUUUUGGGGGCCAGAAUGCCCACAACCAGAUUGCUGUUUAUCCUCACCGACCACGAACUGCUGACGAAAUCCCUAUGGACCCUGGAGACGUCAUUGGUGUGGCUGGAAACCACUGGGAUGGCUAUUCUAAAGGCGUCAAUAGGAAACUAGGGAGAACAGGCUUGUACCCUUCCUAUAAAGUGAAAGAGAAAAUAGAGACAGUCAAGUACCCCACAUACCCAGAAGCUGAGAAAUAAAUUUGCAGGCAAGGGAAUGAAACAAACUCACUCAUUUCGAACUGGUUUGAGCCAAACAGCAUACUAACUAAACUUUGAAUUUACGUUUUUAACCCAGAAUUAAAUGAACGAAAGCCUUCAGAACUGAGACUGAAUGGACAGCUUAAAACAGAUGGAUGAACCAUCGCUGGAAUUCCUCCUUAACGAACACAUUUUGUUACAAUGCACUUGCCCCUGUGCGCAGACCAAUAGCCUACUCACAUGCAAACAGUUGUUUUCUCCCCUGCCCCUUCUUUCAAGGCUUCAUCCCCGUCAUUCAUCACGAAGUGAGCAUUUGGCCUACACUGUCUCUGUCAUUAAUUGACUAUAAUUCUGACUUUUUAACACUGCCACGUUGUGUAAUUUGAGUGACAUGAACAUAUUUUAUAUGUGUGAGAUUUCAAACAUGGUGCCUAUAUUUGAGAGAUCUGUGUGACCUGUUCAGAAGAACCAAACUCCUCUCCCUGUGUUGGUGGGGAAGAGUUGGCUCUUAAACUAGUGGUGGUGCCAUGACCACCAAACCUGCUCCGACCAACAGAUUCAGAAUGAGAAUUAGAUGUUCUUUUCUUUACAAGUUUUUUUUUAAGUAAUUGCAUUGAUUCAUCACCUCAUCAUUAAUAAGUGAAGGAUACAUCUGAAAAUAAACUAUUCACCCUCCAUUAGGAACUUUUGUAAAACAAUGCCAUGAACAAAUUCUUUAGUACUUAAUGUUUCUGGACAUUGUCUUUGAUAACAAAAAAUAAAUUAAAAAAUAGAA